GCGCGCUGUCCGACCUCAGUCGAGAGGGCUCGCUGCUGAGCGCUUAGCGCUUGGCCCGUCCUACUCGGGCAGAGCGGCCGGUUUGCCCAGAAAGGUUGCUUUGCCACUCCUGCUCUGUUUCUCUGUCGUCACAGGGAAUAAAUCUCUCCGGAGACUCAUUGGCCCGCUCCCAGAAAGGCGACAAGAUACCCAGGAUCCCUUCGUUUCCCUUCGAGUGGGCGCGGAGCCCGGUGUCCUCGGAAAAUGUCUACUGGACAAGAUCGAGUGGUGGUUCUGGUGGACAUGGACUGUUUUUUUGUUCAAGUGGAACAGCGGGAAAAUCCUCAUUUGAGGAAUAAACCUUGUGCAGUUGUGCAAUACAAAUCAUGGAAAGGUGGUGGAAUAAUUGCAGUGAGUUAUGAAGCUCGAGCGUUUGGGGUCACUAGAAGUAUGUGGGCAGAUGAUGCAAAGAAGUUAUGCCCAGAUCUUCUUCUGGCACAAGUUCGUGAGUCCCAUGGGAAAGCCAACCUCACCAAGUAUCGAGAAGCCAGUGUUGAAGUGAUGGAGGUAAUGUCUCGUUUUGCUGGGAUCGAACGUGCCAGCAUUGAUGAGGCUUUUCUAGAUCUGACUGAUGCUGUGGAAGAGAGACUGCAGAAACUACAAGGUCAGCCUAUCUCAGCAGACUUGUUGCCAAGUACUUACAUUGAAGGGUUGCCUCAAGGCUCUACAACAGCAGAAGAGACUGUUCAGAAAGAGGAGAUGCGAAAACAAGGCUUACUCCAGUGGCUCGGGUCUCUGGAAAUUGAAGGCACAGCCUCUCCAGAUGUGCGGCUCACCAUGGGGGCUGUGAUUGUGGAGGAGAUGAGGGCGGCCAUAGAGAGGAAGACUGGCUUGCAGUGUUCAGCUGGAAUCUCACACAAUAAGGUCUUAGCAAAAUUGGCCUGUGGACUAAACAAGCCCAACCGCCAGACCUUGGUCUCACACAAGUUCGUCCCACAGCUCUUCAGUCAAGUGCCUAUUCGCAAAGUCCGUAAUCUCGGAGGAAAGCUUGGGUCCUCUGUCAUUGCAAUCCUAGGGAUAGAGUACAUGGGUGAACUGACACAGUUCACUGAAUCCCAGCUCCAGUGGCAUUUUGGGGAGAAGAAUGGGUCUUGGCUAUAUGCCAUGUGCCGCGGGAUUGAACACGAUCCAGUGAGGCCCAGGCAGAUACCCAAAAGCGUUGGCUGUAGCAAGAACUUCCCUGGACAAACGGCUCUGGCCACCCCGGAACAGGUGCAAUGGUGGCUUUUGCAGUUAGCCCGGGAACUAGAGGAGAGACUGACUAAAGACCAAACUGAUAAUGACAGGAUGGCCACCCAGUUGGCUGUGAGCAUUCGUGUACAAGGAGACAAACGUCUGAGCAGCCUGCGCCGCUGCUGUGCCAUUACUCGCUAUGAUGCUCACAAGAUGAGCCAGGAUGCCUUUGCUGCCAUCAGGAACUGUAAUACUUCUGGACUCCAGACUGAAUGGUCCCCCCCCCUCACAAUGCUUCUCCUCUGUGCUACCAAAUUCGCUGCCUCCACCCCAAAGGUGCCGAGCAGCAGUUCAGAAGCUAAGGCCCCGGGGAGCGGCCCAGUGGUGGCAGCCACUAAGAAAGCAACUACUUCUCUGGAAUCAUUCUUCCAAAAAGCUGCAGAAAAGCAGAAAGUCAAAGAAGCUUCAUCCCUUACCACCACUGCCCAGGCCCACACAAGCAGUUCACCCUCCAAGCCCUCGUCAGCUCUCCAAACCAGUAGAACUGCAGGAGUGGAGCCCUUCUUUAAGCAGAAAAGCCUGCUUCUACAGCAGAAAGAGCUUCAUUCUUCACCGUGUCUCCCGCCGCAAGAUCCUCAGCCCGACUGUAGCGCGUUGCCUGCACAAGAUCCACACCGUGCCCCUGCUUGUGAAGGGGCGUUGAAAUUGGAACCUGCUGCAGCAGCUCCCGCGCAGAGGGAUUUGGCUCAAAACAGCUCAAGCCUGCUCGCUGCCUCUGCUUCCACGUGUGCUCUGGACGCGGCUCCCGGAGGAAGUGCUGCCCCGAGUCUUCUCGCUGCUGAGGACCUAGUGUCCUGUGAGAAGUGCGGCUCCCUGGUGCUGGUGUGGGAGAUGCCGGAACACCUCGACUAUCAUUUUGCACUGGAGCUACACGAAUCCUUCUUGCAGGCACACUCCUCAAACCCCCAGGUUGUUCCCGUCAAGUCUCCUCAAGGCAAAAGAAAUCCCAAGAGUCCUUUGGCUUCCAGUAAUAAACGCCCCAGGCCUCAAGGCAUGCGGACACUGGAAUCAUUUUUUAAACCAUUAGCACACUAGUGCUGCCUUCGGGCUUGCUGUGGGAUAUUAAUAUUUUAUCUGUAACCCUGGGAUAUGGACAUACAUUUACUUCUUAAGGAAAUUUAUAACGAUGAAACUUUUAAUACCAAAUUAAGGUUUCCAUCUCUUCACAUGCACGAAUUCUAAUCCCAUUGCUGGUAGAGAUGUAAAAAUGCUCCCUCCCUUUGACGUUUUUGGACUUUAGGGAGGUAAUAUCAUACAUUAAACAGUGUGUAGGCCUUUGAGCCUAAGAGACCUGCUUCCAAACCUAACUAUACUGUAUGGCCUUGAGCAAGACACCGUCUCUGCAAAGCCUAAGACCUUACAGAUUACUGAAAAUCAAAAAUGAUAUAAAGUACCUCACUUAAACUUGGUAUCCAGAAGGAACCCAGUUAAAAAACCUUUUAAAAAAAGAUUUAUUUAUUUGAAAGGCAGAGUGACAGGGCGAUCUUCCAUCUGUUUACUCCCCAAAUGGCCAUAAUGGCUGGGGCUGGGCCUGGGCCUGGGCCAGACCGAAGCCAGGAGCCUGGAACUCCAUCCAACUCUCCCAUGUGGAUGGCAGGGGCCCAAGUAUUGGGGCCAUCUUCUGCUGCUUUCCCAGGCACAUUAGCAGGGAACUAGACCAGAUGUGGAGCAGCUAGGACUCCAACUAGUGCUCCAGUAUGGGAUGCCUAUGUUGCAGGUGGCAGCUUAACCCAUUGUACCACCAUGCCAUCCCAAAAGAAAUUUUUAAAAAAUUUUCUCCUAGCUCUGUGACAGAGCAGUUCGGAUAAUGCCUUGAGCACAAUUGUUUCUUCAGUUGGGGAAUAUGAGGUGAAACCUGGAAACCCGCAGAGUGACAACGUAGCUGGGUCAGGGCAGGGCUCUGCAUGCAAAAGCUACACACUAAAUAUUGCAUCUCAUAGAAGUAAACCCUCUAACAGCCUCAGUUGUAAUCACUGGCCCUUCUGCAUUUUACUCUAAUGUAGAUUGUGAUUGCUACUGGGCCAGUUCAAGUCUGUUGAGAUUGGACCCAGUCAUGGUCAGAACUAGAUCACCUCUAGAACCGUGCUAGUCCAGCUCGAGUGGCAGCAGCACGAGGGGACUUGCUGGAAACGGUCUCCGCCUCACCACCACGCCUGCUCGGUCAGAAUCUGAUACGAACAAGACUCCCUGUAUCUUUUUCAGUUUCACAAGCACUGGUCUACAGGAUACCAAAGGUCAGGUUUGUGGAAAACAGUAACAUUUGUAGUACAAACUCGAGGGAAGUGCUUGGGAGGCGCUCUGGCAUGUUCACCUCUCUCCUGUUAAAGUAUGAAUUGAGAGUUUUAUAUUCGUGAUUGUAGCCUUUUGUACUUGUUCCAUGUUUGUAGGAUUUUUAAUCUCCAUUCUGUGUGGGAAGUCACUUUUGGCUUUUCUGAUAGAGGGAACCUUGAAUUCCUUGUGUAACCCUCCUGGAGAACUGAGCUAGGUGGUAACUGGUUAAAUGUGUCAGGAAAAUGCUGUUCAUGUCCUUUCUGUAUAUGUGUGUGAACCAGCCUCUGAGCUUUUUUAAAUGGGGGACAUUUCAUGUAAAGAAGGGAGGAAGCCACUAGGAGCAGCGGGAAAUCAGUUUUCAAAGAUAUUUGUCAUUGUUAUGGCACUGAAUACAGACAGUGAUUCACUGUGUAUUUGUCUUUCCCCUACUAGACUUGUAGCUUCUUAAAAGCAAGAAUUCCUAACAAUGCCUUGCAUAUAAUAAUGUUUUAUAUUCCAUAGAUAAAUAUGUAGUGACAUUCUAGAUGUGAUUAUUAGAAUUGGGGUAAUAAAAAUGUAUAAACUC